AUGCAGGCGAUUGAUUCUCAGGGAAACCCAAGGCCCUCGCCGCCCUCCGGACGUCGGCCAAGCAAGACUGGGGCAUGUCAACCUCAAGCUGCCCCCAAGCUGGGAGGGAGGCGGAGAGAUGUUGCCGUAAGUUGGGCCGCUGCGGGAGCUGGAGGCCGCGACCUUGGUCAGAUUCACAAUGUACAGGUCACCUACUCUGAGCGUGGUCGCGAUGAACCACUGUACAGCGGGCAAUACCAGCAACCACCGUUGGCUCCGCGUGAUGCGGUGUCGGGGGGGGAUAGAGACGGCAUGGGCGAAACAGCAGCCACGGACCGCGACGGGAGCAUCGCCAACGUGCCGACUCCGGACCAUCGGGUCCAUGUGCCUACCAAGACCGGAUGUUUUGGUGGUAGAAGUCUGACAGACCCCGUCUUUCAGGACCUAGAUCCAAGUUCAAGAAGUUAUCUUGCACACUUCACCAACCGCGUUUGUCAAGACUUGGUGCCGAGAGACUCACCCAACAGCAAUCCAUUCCGAGAACUUAUUCCUCUGACCAACAAGCAUCCGCUGCUCCUUUACGUGCUCAUAGCAACGUCUGCCAUUCACUGGUCUAAUAUCUCCUGGACUAUUCCUUCUAUUCCUAUUCCAACCGGUUUGACUAAUCCGGGCGACUAUGUUGCUCAACUGCGGUCUCAGGAUUCCGGAACUAGGCGAGCACUCAUAGAUGCCCUGACGGCCAAGCAGAAAGCGAUAAAGCAUCUUCGCCGAGCCAUCAGUUCCUUGGAUCCAGCUGGCAACGAGGUGACUCUUGCUGCUAUGCAUUUCUUUGUCAAGUUUGAGUUGAUUGAUUUUGAACGAAGAGUUGCAAUUGGAAAUAAUCCCCAAGAAGAGAGAGAGCAGGGGGUGACAGAUUGGCGGGCCCAUCUCCAAGCGGCAAGCCGCAUCUUGGGAUUGUUGGCGUCGGAUUCCUCAGGGCAUGCUUCAAGCCGCAUGUUGCGUGAUUGUGUCAUUGCCGAUUGCUUCAUAUAUCACACUCUGGGAUCAACCCUUGCGGAUACAGCAGGGGCCUCGCGCAUAACUCAAUAUGCAUUCGAGUUAUUGCACAUAAUGAAACGAGUCGAGGUGAACAGUUAUCUCUCGUGUCCGCCAGAGAUUCUCAGAAUCAUCCUCUUCGCGUCCCAGCUUUCACGGGAGGACCCUUGCGCUGACUGCAACCCCAAGGCCAUAGACACGGCGCUCGCACUCAUCAAUGAAGCGCUUGCAUUUGACAUUGCCGCGUGGGCGGACCAGCUUCGGGGGCUUCCCAACGUGACUGACAUCGACAGUCGAAUCCACGUCGCCUCGGCACAUCGUUCGGCAGUGUGUCUGCAUAUUCUCCAGGCAUUGCCGCCAGUGCGCGCCGUCCACGGCGUCGACGCCAACUUUCUCGUGAGCGACAUCCUCAGCCACCUCUCCCAGAUUCAUGAUGGAGACCCGUACUUCAAGGCCACGUCGUGGCCUACAUUCAUCGCAGGUGCGGAGACGCGAGAUGGCGAGACGAGGACGUGGAUCUUGACACGCAUGCUUGCCAUCUGGCAUAUUUGCCCAUGGGGCUACAUCUUCGCCGCCAUCCGGAUGUUGAAUGUCAUUUGGGACAUGCAGAGCCACGGCCCUGGAUCUGCGGUAAACUGGCUCCAGAAGCUAAAAGAAGGGAACCUGGGUUACUUGAUUGUGUAG